UCAACAUUUGAACUUGUGAAAUCUUUGUCUGAUUUACUUUUAAGAUGUUUGCCUGAUUUUUGGAAGUUAAGCAAAUCAUUCAUGGAUGGGAAAUUUCAAAAAAGUCCUGCAGUUCUUAGUGCUAAUAGACGUCGACGUCAAGGAAUGGACCUUCGAAAAGUAGAACAAUGUCAAAAUAUGGCUAAAGGUGUUAUUGAUCUUUAUGCUUUACUGCUAUUUAGAUUUUCUGAAGAUAUAGCAACCACUGCCAUUCCUACUACAUCACCACUAUUUGUUCCAUCAUAUUCAGAUUCAAUAACUACAUGUUACUUUCUAACAAGAAUCUUACAUGUGAUAAGUGAUUGUGUAAAUGACAUUAAUUCAAUUAAUAUGGCAUCGGAUGUUUCAGGAGCCUUGAUUACAUUAAUGAAACAAAUUAGAGGAAAGUUUACAGAAAUUAUAU